UAGAGACAUGUUAAAAUUCUUAAAACCAGAGAAGGACCCUGAAGGGCAUCACGAACUAGAGACUUCAGUAUGUAGAGGCGCUGAUGAAGCUCUAUUAGAUGUAGAUAAUGAUGAAUCCAUCCCGGAGACUGAAAUUUUAAGACGACUAGAUGAAAUUAUAUAUUAUAGUGAAACUGAAAGAAUGGUAACCUUAAAGUGCAAUGACAUGAAAAAUUUUAGUGAAUUGUUUAAUAAUAUUAUUGAAAACAAGAGUGACUUUAAAUAUUCUUCGAAAAGAAUUAUGGGCCAUCCUGUUACAUCUAUAGUUUUAACUUGGAAUUGGCAUCGUGAUUGUAUGAAGUUAUAUUUUUCUUAUAUACUUCUUUUUUUAUUAAAUUUUGCUUUAAUUAUGUGGUACAUAUUUCUCAAUAACGAAUUAAUUGGUACAUAUGUAAAAUUUAGUAUUAUAUUUAUUACAAUUAUUUUUGUGAUAAUUGAAUUAGUUCAGAUAAGAUGUUAUGGACUUUCAUACCUACGUGAAAUUGAAAAUUAUCUACAAGUAGGUUUGUUACUAUUUACAAUAUUAACCCUUUGCUAUAAAACUUAUAAUAAUAAGAACGAAUUAAAUAUAGAAGCUUUUCCAUUCGGAUACAAUAUAACUCUAUUGUUUCUUGUAUUAUUUUUUACAUUAGGAGAAAUUCCAGUUUUGUCAGUAUCUAUAAGCUUGUAUAAGACAGUUCUUUGGAAUUUCUUUACACAUAUGUUAAUAUAUUCUCUAUUGUUGCUUGCAUUUGCUAGUGCAUUUUAUUAUCAAAAUUUGACCGGAGUAGUGUCUGCAAAUAAUUCUAGAAAUAUAACAUCAUCGAUAUUUAUGACAUAUAUUAUGUUUUUUGGAGAAUAUAAUACAGAUAACAUACAAUUUGAAAAUUUACCUUACCAUUAUAUGAUAGUGUUUGUAUUGUUUUUACUUUGUGUACCGUUGGUUCUCAGCAAUUUGUUAAUUGGUCUAGCUAUUAGUGAUAUGACAAAAAUAAAAGAUAAUGCUCAAUAUUUGGAAAAUAUUGAAAGAGCUUCCUCUAUUAAAACUGUAUGGUUGAUAGAUCAAAAAACAAACUUUAUUUUUAGGUAUAUUUCUAAAUUUCUUAAAAUAAUUAGAUUGAAACCUUUAAAUCAAACAAAAAUUCCAGACAAAAUUAAUAUUAUUAACAUUUCAUUUCCUAAAUGGAUGUUUUCGAUUAAUGGUCAGACAGUUUAUCUCAAUAGUUCCAUAUGGAAAACUCUUAGAAAAAAAAGUAAAGAUCAAUCUGCAACCGAACAAAGUGGAAGCUUUUCUCAAACCAAAACUUUGAACAAAAAAGAUGAAAAGAAAGUACGAAAAAUGUUAAAAACUUAUAUAAAUGAUGAAAAUAAAAUAAAUAUAGCAACUAAUUUAAUAUCAUAUAUUUGCGAUAUGGCUCAAGAAAAUGAACAAUAAUUUUAUUGUAUAUCAUCUAUUUUCUAAAAGAAUCUGUAGAAGUACAUGGAGGUACAACAUUUUAA